UCGCACGACUCCCCCCUGCGGACCGAAUGGAAGAGGCCGGAGGGGGCGUGGCUUACCCUUCGCCGCGUUCUAUCCGGGCAGGAGGGGGCGUGGCUUGCCCUCCGCCGCGUUCUAUCCGGGCAGGAGGGGGCGUGGCUUGCCCUUCGCCGCGUUCCAUCCGGGCCGGAGGGGGCGUGGCUUGCCUUGGGAGCAGUGCCGGGCGCAGGAGCAGCAGCAGCAGCAUGUCGGGGCCCAACGGGGAGCCGCACCUCCCUCUGGGCGGCGGCCGGGGCGAGGAGGACGAAGACGGAGGCUUCGGGGAAGCAGAAUACGCAGCAAUAAAUUCCAUGUUGGACCAGAUCAACUCUUGCUUGGAUCACCUGGAGGAGAAGAAUGACCAUCUGCAUGCCCAGCUGAAGGAACUGCUGGAGUCCAACCGGCAGACGCGCCUGGAAUUCCAGCAGCAGCUGAACGACGAGGAAGACUCAGAUGCUGAGAUACGGGGAUCUGAGCCAGAUACUUAACAUCUGUCUGCCUGCAGCUGGAUAGAAGCUGGUAGAUCAUUGCUGCUUCCAGUUGGACCAUCCUUAUCCAUGGAUUGGAUGUUAAACUUUAAAUAGGAGGUGCUUUUGGUUUUUGUGUGUUUAACGUCUCAUCCCACUCUGCUUUUGGAUGCAUGGUUUUGGAGCAUGUAGCUGCGAUAUAAGAAAAUGGAAGGGGAACCAAGGUUGUGAGAAACGGGGGAGUGGGUGGGGACCAGAGAGAUCUGUUUAGCCUGUCAUUUCACAUCCUUUAGCUUAUGAAAUCAGGGUAAAGUUGCUGGGUUUUUAUAAUUAGUGGGUUUUCUGGAUGCGCGUUGUAGAUUGCGUUUGGAGGAAAGGUACUUCUUUCCAAACUUGUCGAUCUUUGUGUCUCAAGCUGUGUUUGUGAGCUGAAAUGCCCGAAAGAACCUUGAUUCCUGUAAGCCAUUGAGGAUUCGUUUCUACUCAGCCUUAUACAUCUCUGAAAUAUAUAAGCAAAAUCAGUGAUGACAGUCCAGCAUGAGAGAAGGAGGUGGUUUGUGGGAACUUACCAUCAAUGCAGUGCUUCUUUUCCCUGGUGUUUCUUUGGAUGUUAACCCUGUAUAUUGGGGGAAUCAUGUCACCAUUUAAUUCCUCAUGGCAAGUCUCCAGAACAUUCUCAAUACCUUUCCCAAACUGUAAUUCCCAGAAUUCCCAGGAGAAAAGGCAUUGCAAUUAGCAUGUUUAAAACCAGCCAAAAUGUAGUCAUACCUCCUGUCCAGUCCUCCCUGCCCCCAUUGGGCAUUUCUGUAGGAAAAUGUAGAUGUUUCAGCCAAUGUGAACAUGAACCAAACAAUAUUCAACCUAA